UGGGACGGGUGCAGCUCUUCGAGGUCCGCCUGAGCCACGGCCGCGUCGUCUACAGCCCGGGGGAGCCGCUGGCGGGGGCCGUGCGCGUGCGUCUGGCGGCGCCGCUGCCCUUCCGAGGGCCGUCCAGACUCGGGGCGCGGGCUUCGAGCCUGUCUACUUCGCCGAAGGCCACUCUGACCUGGACCCGCGACGCUUCUGACCUUCCCUGUCGGGUCUCCGGUCCGCUGCGCCCUGCAGCUGCUGGGCCCUCACCUGGAGCCCGGCCCGCGCUGGGCUUUCUCUCCCAUACACCCAGGCAGCCCCGCCGAGUGUGCGGGUCCCCGGGGACGGGCUGCAGGGCACUGCUUACACCCAGCCCGAGGCUAGUCCCUAAGGGCUGGGAGGAUCUUGCUAAUCCCUGCGUGCCGUAGGCCGCCGUAGCGGGCAUCUGGGAGCCGAACCUGAGCCCUCCUGGCCGGUCCCUCUGCUGGCGCAGACAUCUGGGACUUUGAGACCGGGGAUCCGGUUGCUGCGGCGCCCCUAGCUAGGGCUUCCUGCCGGCGCUGGCCUCGUCUGUCUGCUGCCUGAGGCCCCCGUGUGGUUGACCGUUCAGCGCUUGGGGUGCCCGCUGAGGAUGCAGAGCCACCGUUCUCUCUGGGCAGCUGCCUCCUCCGUCCUGGACCGGUGACACCGCCCACCUCCGUAAUGUGUCGCCUCUUUCCUGUCUCCCCAGUUGGAGUUUGGGGUUGGGUGGGGGUAGGUGUGCUUGUGGCAGGGGCACCGGGGGGGACAGUGCAGCUCUGCUCUGGGGCACCAGUGAGAGGUGAGUGCGGCUGGCAGGGCACAGGAAGGAGGGGUGGGCCGUGGCUGGAGGACAGACGGACACCACAGAGACCCCACGCAGAGCUCUCCUCCUGGCCUGCUGCCCUGUCAACCCCUGUAGCUGGGGCCCAGGGCGAACAGGCUGUUGUUGACCACAGUGAAGGGGUGGCCUGAGCUGUGCGUGACUAACCUGGGCUGGUUAGAGCCCCGCAGCCUCCACGUGGUGGGUAGGAUCUGGGUAAAUGGACAGCUGGGCCCCAGGAGGCUGAGGGAGUCCCUGACUGUAAGAGCCCUGAGGCGGGGAGAAGCAGGUCAGGUCACAGGCUGGAGACUCCAGCAACGACUGGCCUCGCGCCAGAGAGGGUAUUAUUUUCAGUUUGCCCCCCAGGGGUAGGGGGGAUGCUGGUGCUGGGGCCUCUGUAGGCCUCCGGCCCUGCCGGGGUGUGAGAGAGGAAAGACCAUGGUUCUUAUUUUUCCUUUCCCUCAAAAGACACUUGUUACCAGGCAUUGAUGCAAUAGGGGGGCCCCCAGGAGGACAUGGAGGGUGGGGGGCAGCAGGCCUCUGAACACUUGACUGAGGAGUGUCAGUGAUGGUCUGCACUCAGCCUUGGGGAUGCCGGCUGCCUUGGGAGCUGAUGUGGAAGAAAGCUGGAGACGGAGCUGGAGACUGGGUCCAGCCCAGCUGGAGGCUGGGGGUCAGGCGGGGCUGCCCUGUGUUCUGCUCUCGAGGUGGGCGACGAGGGAGGGUGAUGCCCGGACAACAGUAGCAGCCAGCUCCCAGCUCUGCCGGCUCCCUGGGCUCUCACCGUGGGCCAGAUGCCAUUCCCACUUCCCAAGGACCAAUCCAUCAGUCUUCAUAGCAACCCUGGGAGCUAUCCGGGUGACCUGCACGGGGUCCUGCAAGGUCUCCAGCAAGGCCAAUGACACAGCGUGGGUGGUGGAGGAGGGCUACUUCAACAGCGCUCUGUCCCUGGCCGACAAGGGGAGCCUGCCUGCUGGAGAGCACAGCUUCCCCUUCCAGUUCCUGCUUCCUGCCACAGCUCCCACGUCCUUUGAGGGUCCUUUUGGGAAGAUUGUGCACCAGGUACGGGCCACCAUCGACACACCACGUUUUUCCAAGGAUCACCAGUGCAGCCGCGUGUUCUACAUCUUGAGCCCCCUGAACCUGAAUAGCAUCCCAGACAUCGAGCAACCCAAUGUGGCCUCCACCACCAAGAAGUUCUCCUACAAGCUGGUGAAGACAGGCAGCGUAGUCCUCACCGCCAGCACCGACCUCCGAGGCUACGUGGUGGGGCAGGUGCUGCGGCUGCAGGCUGACAUUGAGAACCAGUCAGGCAAGGACACCAGUCCUGUGGUGGCCAGUCUGCUGCAGAAAGUGUCCUACAAGGCCAAGCGCUGGAUUUAUGACGUGCGGACCAUCGCCGAGGUGGAGGGCGCUGGCGUCAAGGCCUGGAGGCGGGCUCAGUGGCAAGAGCAGAUCCUGGUGCCUGCCCUGCCCCAGUCUGCCCUGCCGGGCUGCAGCCUCAUCCAUGUGGACUACUACCUGCAGGUCUCCCUGAAGACGCCAGAAGCCAUCGUGACCCUCCCAGUCUUCAUCGGCAACAUCGCUGUGAACCACGUCCCACUGAGCCCCCGGCCAGGCCAAGGCCUGGUGGUGCCCUCAGCGCCACCCCAGGAGGAGGCGGAGGCUGUGGCUGGUGGCCCCCACUUCUUCUCGGACCCUGUCUCCCUCUCCACCAAGAGCCACUCACAGCAGCAGCAGCCGCCUGCAGCCCUCGGCUCUGUGCCUGGCGCCCCUGAACCCCAUCCUCAGGAUGGUAGCCCUGCCCCCCACCCGUUGCCCCCUCCCUUGUGCAUCUCCACAGGUGCUACCGUGCCCUACUUUGCAGAGGGUUCUGGAGGGCCGGUGCCCACGACCAGUACCUUGAUCCUCCCGCCUGAGUAUAGCUCGUGGGGCUACCCCUAUGAGGCCCCGCCAUCCUAUGAGCAGAGCUGUGGCGGUGUGGACCCUGGCCUGACCCCAGGGAGCUGACCCCAUGUCGCCUUCUCCGGAUGGGCGGACCUACGCCCUGGGACUAGGCUCCCAGGGCCUCGUGCCUUCGCUCCCGGCCUGGCCCGGCCCACUCAGGACCCGCCGCUGCCCGCCGUUCCCCGCGGCCUCUGCCUCCGGACCAGCUUCUGCCCCGACCAGCCUCCGCAGCCCCCCUGUAGUCGGCCUCUCCCCGGGGGUUGGGGCCUAGAGAGACUUGGUGUAAAUAAAAAGCUUCAUUUGUA